AUGUCGAGUGCCAGCGAGUUUUUGGACAAGGGCGUGGACCUUGUGAAGAAAGCCAUUGAGGCAGAUAGUGCCAGCAAAUAUGAUGAGGCGUACAGACUGUACUACAACGGCCUGGACUACUUGAUGCUAGCCCUCAAGUACGAAAAAAAUCCCAAGUCUAAGGAGACCAUCAGGUCCAAAUUCACCGAGUACUUAUCGCGCGCAGAACAAUUAAAGGAGUAUCUUGAUAAGAAACAACAGCAGGAUCAGACUGGUGAGGCAAGCGCGACGUCUGGAUCUGUGAAAGCGAAGAAGACUAGCGGAGGAGAAGAUGACGACAAUGACAGCGAUACAAAAAAACUGAGAGGAGCCCUUGCUAGUUCGAUUCUAAGCGAACGGCCCAACGUGCAAUGGAGCGAUAUUGCAGGGUUGGAACUUGCAAAAGAGGCUUUAAAGGAGGCUGUCAUAUUGCCGGUCAAGUUUCCUCAUCUAUUCAGAGGCAAAAGAAAACCAGUUUCUGGAAUUCUCUUAUACGGACCUCCAGGUACCGGUAAGUCUUAUUUGGCGAAAGCAGUUGCCACAGAGGCUAAUUCAACAUUCUUUUCCGUCUCUUCGUCCGAUCUGGUGAGUAAAUGGAUGGGUGAGUCUGAAAGAUUGGUGAAACAGUUGUUUACGAUGGCCAGGGAGCAGAAGCCGGCAAUCAUUUUCAUCGACGAAGUCGACGCGCUAUGUGGUCCAAGGGGAGAAGGUGAGUCCGAGGCUUCGCGGAGGAUCAAAACAGAACUUUUGGUUCAGAUGAACGGUGUUGGUAAUGACUCUGACGGUGUUUUAGUGCUUGGAGCGACGAACAUUCCAUGGCAGUUGGAUGCAGCUAUCAGAAGACGGUUUGAGCGUAGGAUAUAUAUUCCUUUACCCGACCAGGAAGCCAGAGUUGAAAUGUUCAAGCUGAAUAUCGGAGAUACUCCGUGCUCCCUUACAACGCAGGAUUACCAUACACUUGCGCAAAUGACGGAUGGUUAUUCGGGACACGACGUCAGUGUUGUUGUGAAAGACGCGCUUAUGCAACCGAUUCGUAAGAUUCAGAUGGCUACGCAUUUCAAAAAGGUGGUGUCCACGGACGAGGAAGGACAGGAGCUGGUGCAAUACACACCAUGCUCUCCGGGGGACAGUGAGGCAAUUGAAAUGAGCUGGUUAGAUCUCGACGGCGAGCAACUGAAAGAACCGGAGCUAGGUAUCAAAGAUUUCAUCAAAGCGAUUAAAACCAACAAGCCUACGGUGAACCAGAAAGACCUGGACAAAUUCAUCGAGUUUACGAACGAUUUCGGCUCAGAGGGAAACUAG